GGGCGGGGCCGGGGCGGGGAGCGGGAGCGGCACCGGGAGCCGGCCGGGAGCCGCCGGCAGCGCCAACCGCGAUGUGGCCGCUCCGCCUGGGCAGGGCUCUGCAGCGAUGUGGUGGUCGGGUGACCGCUGGCAGCAGCCGGAGGGCACAGCAUGGCACCGCCGCGGCAGCUGCCCCCGGGCAUGUGCCAGGCUGGACGGGGCAGGAGAGCCUGGCCGAGAGCGAUCCCGAGGUCUGGAGCCUGGUCCAGAAGGAGAAGGAUCGGCAGUGCCGGGGGCUGGAGCUCAUCGCCUCUGAGAACUUCUGCAGCAGGGCAGCGCUGGAGGCGUUGGGAUCCUGCCUCAACAACAAGUACUCAGAGGGGUACCCUGGCAAGAGGUACUACGGCGGAGCGGAGGUGGUGGAUCAGAUCGAGCUGCUCUGCGAGCAGAGGGCUCUGGAGGCCUUCGACCUGGACCCUGCCCGCUGGGGGGUCAACGUCCAGCCCUACUCGGGGUCCCCUGCCAACUUCGCAGCCUACACAGCCCUGCUGCAGCCCCACGACCGCCUGAUGGGGCUGGACCUGCCCGACGGGGGCCACCUCACCCACGGCUACAUGUCGGACGUCAAGAGGAUCUCUGCCACCUCCAUCUUCUUCGAGUCCAUGCCCUACAAACUUGAUCCAGCCACGGGGCUGAUCAACUAUGAGCAGCUGGAGGUCACAGCCAGGCUCUUCCGUCCCCGCCUGGUCAUCGCUGGCACCAGCGCCUACGCCCGGCUCAUCGACUACGCUCGCAUGAGGAAGGUGUGUGACGAGGUGAAGGCCUACCUGCUGGCAGACAUGGCACACAUCAGCGGGCUGGUGGCAGCCAAGGUCAUCCCCUCGCCCUUCGAGCACGCCGAUGUGGUCACCAGCACCACGCACAAGACCCUGCGCGGUGCCAGGUCAGGGCUGAUCUUCUACCGCAAGGGCGUGCGCUGGGUGGACAAGAAGACAGGCAAGGAGACCCUCUACGACCUGGAGGACAGGAUCAACUUUGCUGUCUUCCCCUCGCUGCAGGGGGGGCCACACAACCAUGCCAUCGCCGCCGUGGCUGUGGCACUCAAGCAGGCCAGCUCGCCAGCGUUCCAGCAGUACUGCCAGCAGGUCCUGAAGAACGCCAAAGCCAUGGCACAGGCCCUGCUCCAGCGUGGCUACACCCUGGUGUCAGGUGGCACAGACAACCACCUGGUGCUGGUGGACCUGCGGCCCAAGGGCAUCGAUGGGGCACGGGCAGAGCGGGUGCUGGAGCUCGUCUCCAUCACUGCCAACAAGAACACCUGCCCCGGGGACCGGAGCGCGCUCACGCCGGGGGGGCUGCGCCUGGGUGCCCCUGCCCUGACCUCCCGCCACUUCCGUGAGGAGGACUUCCAGAAGGUCGUAGCCUUCAUCGAUGAGGGCAUCAACCUGGCCCUGGAUGUCAAGAGCAAAACCAGCAAGCUGCAGGACUUCAAGAGCUUCCUGCUGCAGGACCCUGGGACGCAGCAGCGCCUGGCACAGCUGCGCCAGCGUGUGGAGAGCUUCGCCCGUGCCUUCCCCAUGCCAGGCUUCAGCGACCACUGAGCACGGGGCUGGGGCACCUGGGGGGCUGUGGGGGAGCCUUGACCUUCCCCUCUGCCUUCCCCACCAGCACCUUUGGCGUCCUGGGGUGGGGACAGCCCCUACAUCCUGCUGUCAGUGUUAGGGGACAGAGGGUCCCCCCCCCUAACCCAAGGAGAUGCUGAUGGGGGAGGGACCAGACCUGGCUCCAGCCUUGUGCCCUCUGUCCAACUCUUGCACUUUUCUACCUGGGGGGUGAGGCUAAUAAAAGUGGGGGCAGAA